GUGAUUAGUUAGUUGUAGAGACAGUGUGGUCGUUCUUCUGUUUUUGAAAUCCUCACUGACCGACCAUCAAUAACAUUUCAAAAUUUUGAUCCCAAACAAACACACUCCAAGUCAUAGCUCAUUCAUUCAAACACCUUCUUCAAUCAUUGCGUAGUUUGCACUGUCAUAUAUAUAUAUAUAUAUAUAUAUAUAUAUAUAUAUAUAUAUAUAUAUAUCAGAUCUCACAACACAACACAACAAGGAUCAGAUUUCAUUCUUUAAUCUAAAAUGAAACCAAAUUGGGAACUCAACAACUGCUGCAACCAUGAACAGGUUGUGUUUUUUGUCACUGUUGGUGUCUGUACUGUUGUUAUACUUGCUCUUUGGAGAACGGUGUUACUGAGACCCUUUAAGCUUGUUACUGUGUUUCUUCAUGAGGCAAGCCAUGCAAUUGCUUGUAAACUUACAUGCGGUCAUGUAGAAGGAAUUCAGGUUCAUGCAGAUGAAGGUGGAACAACCCAAACUCGAGGAGGCAUAUACUGGUUAAUCCUGCCUGCUGGAUAUCUUGGUUCAUCUUUCUGGGGCAUGAUCUUGAUACUUGCAUCAACAAAUCUUCUCACUGCUAGAAUUGCGGCUGGUUGUUUUAUUGCUGCUCUACUUAUUGUCCUCUUCGUAGCGAAAAAUUGGACUCUUAGAGGACUUUGUAUUGGAUUUAUCAUUUUCCUUGGUGUAAUAUGGAUUCUGCAAGAGACAACCGAGGUUCGAAUACUUCGCUACAUUAUAUUGUUCAUAGGUGUAAUGAACAGCUUGUUUUCAGUAUACGAUAUUUACGAUGAUCUGAUAUCCCGUAGAGUACAUUCAAGUGACGCAGAGAAAUUUGCAGAAGUAUGCCCUUGUCCUUGUACUGGUGUUGGAUGGGGUGUCAUUUGGGGUUUGAUAUCUUUUGCCUUUCUAUGUGGAGCUGUGUAUCUUGGUGCUGUGAUCUUGUCAUAAGGUGCAGCAACGAAGAUUCUGUUUCAAGAUUCUGUGAUUCAGUUCAUUGGGAUUUACUUCUUUGACAGACUAAUAAUUAAGUUUACAUGAAUGUCACUAUUUUACCAUCUUCUCAAAUUAUAAUAUUAAUUGUGUAGUGAUUAAUCAUUUAAUUGUGCAUGAGACACUGUAAUUAGCCAUCGAUUUAUCAUAUGUAUAUUUGUUAUACAAGUUCCUCAUUAAUUAGAGAA